UGGGAUGUCGUGAAUCUGUCGGGUGACUCUGGUGCCGAUGGGAGCUGCUGCAGCAUCAUGAGCUGCCAUGAUGCCGGAGGGCGCCGGCGUUCCGAGGACUCUGAGUUCACGUUGCGCGUGUAUCCCGGCGCUCUGUCUGAGGGCACCAUCUACUGCCCCGUCUCGGCGCGGAAGGUGACAUCGGCGGCGGAGGUCAUCGAGCGCGUCAUCGAGCGGCUGCAGCUGGACCGCGCACGCCUCUACGUGCUUGCCGAGGUCAAGGAGUUCGGCGGCGAGGAAUGGAUCUUGAACCCCUGCGACUGUCCCGUGCAGCGCAUGAUGCUGUGGCCGCGCAUGGCGCUGGAGAACCGUCUGGCCGGAGAGGAUUACCGCUUUCUGCUGCGCGAGAAGGAUCUGGACGGAUCCAUCCGCUACGGAAACCUGCAGAUGUGGCUUCGUGUAACUGAGGAGCGGCGACGGAUGGUGGAGCGCGGACUCCUCCCGCAGCCUCCGUACGUCGACGAUCUCUGCGCGCUGCCCGAUCUAAACGAGCGGACUUUGCUGGAGAACUUGCGCGGACGCUUUCGGCAGGAGAAAAUUUACACGUACGUCGGCGGGAUCCUGAUCGUCGUCAACCCCUUCAAGUUCCUGCCCAUCUAUAACCCCAAAUACGUUAAGAUGUACGAUAAGCAGCGGCUGGGGAAGCUGGAGCCGCACAUUUACGCGGUGGCUGACGUGGCGUAUCACGCCAUGCUGCAGAGGAGGAGGAACCAGUGCAUCGUGAUCUCGGGAGAGAGCGGAUCAGGAAAGACGCAGAGCACCAACUUCCUCAUCCACCACCUGACGGCGCUCAGCCAGAAGGGCUUCGCCAGCGGCGUGGAGCAGAUCAUCCUCGGGGCCGGACCUGUGCUGGAGGCUUUUGGAAAUGCCAAAACGGCCCAUAACAAUAAUUCCAGCCGCUUUGGCAAGUUUAUUCAAGUCAACUAUCAGGAGAGCGGGACUGUGAGAGGAGAGAGACAGAUAAGCAUGUCUGCAGCUCUUAACUGUCUGUCUGCCUUCCAGAUAACAAAGAAAGUCCACAGACAGCACUGGGGAAAUUACUGUGAGACCGAGCUGGACUGUUUCACGGUGGAAGGGGAAGAUCUGAAGCAUGACUUUGAGCGACUCCAGCUGGCCAUGGAGAUGGUGGGCUUCCUGCCGACCACCAGAAAACAGAUCUUUUCUUUACUGUCUGCGAUUCUUCUCCUGGGAAAUAUCCGUUACAAGAAGAAGACGUACAGAGACGACUCCAUCGAUAUCUGCAACCCAGAGGUGCUUCCUAUCAUCUCUGAACUGCUGGAGGUGAAGGAGGAGAUGCUUUUCGAGGCUCUGACCACACGAAAGACGGUGACGGUGGGCGAGAGGUUGAUCGUGCCGUACAAACUGGCCGAGGCCGGGACGGUGAGGGACUCGAUGGCCAAAUCUCUGUACGGCGCUCUGUUCGACUGGAUCGUCUUCCGCACAAACCACGCACUGCUCUACAACAAAGACCUACAAAAACACACAAGAACUCGCACAAACAAAAACUCACAUAUACUCACACAAACUCGCACAUACUCGCACAAAAAAACAUACUAA